GGGUCGCGCCGAGCGCCAUGGAGCCCGGAGAUGCGGGAUUGGGAACCAAGGGGGCUCCCCGGUUCUUCUGCACCGCGGGGCGUGGCUUGGAGCCGUUCCUGAUGCGAGAGGUGCGGGAGCGGCUGGCGGCCACGCAGGUUGAAUAUAUGUCAGGAAAAGUUUUCUUCAUCACCUGUUCCAAUUUGAGUAUGAUAAAGAAUUUAAAAUCUGCAGAAAGAGUAUUUUUGCUGAUUAAGAAGCAGUUUCCACUUACUGCUUCUUCCCCAAGUAAAGGAAAAAUACUUCAUGAAAUGAGAAGACUUAUAAGUGAUGAUCCAGGAAGUUGGUUGAAUGCCAUUUCACUUUGGAAAAGUCUUCUUGAAAAUGAUGCACAAAAAGAAAAACUUUCUCAAAGUAUUAGUAACCCUCUCAAAAGAAAAGUGGACGAAAAUGAAAUAGUUAUUUCUAAGAAAUUAAAAGUCGAGGUACAAAAGAAUGAAGAGAUUCAACAGGCAUUCCCGCAGGUAAAACAAGUAGAAGAAAGUGCAUUGGAGCAAGGAGAUUCUAACGCUGGAAGAGAGAACCUUCAAGAAAAGGAGCUUGAGGACGAGGUAGAGGAAGCAGCUGAUGCUCCCAGCCCGGCCUUCACUUUCAGGGUAUCUUGUCGCUGCAGUGGGACUGUUGCAAAGGUCUUUACUGCACAGGAGGUAGGAAAAAUCAUUGGAAUUGCUCUUAUGAAACAGUUUGGAUGGAAAGCAGAUUUAAGGACUCCAAAUUUAGAGAUCUUCAUACAUCUCAAUGAUGUGUACUCUGUCCUGGGGAUUCCUUUGUUCAGUUUAGAAAACCGAAUAGCAAUGAGACAGAGGAUGGAGUGUGAAGUGAUGCAGGGAACUCUGUUGGGAAAAAUCUGUGCCAUCUUCCCAGUCAAGACAAGGGUUCCUUUAGCCAGCAGAACUUACAUCCAGAUGGCUGGACUUCGAUCUACUAUAGCAUGGGCAAUGGCAUCUCUGGCAGAAAUUAAGGCUGGUGCAUUGGUUUUAGAUCCAAUGUGUGGACUUGGAACAAUACUUUUGGAGGCUGCUAAAGAAUGGCCAAAUGUUUAUUAUGUGGGAACCGAUGUCAGUGACUCACAAUUACUGGGUGCCCAGGGCAAUGUGAAAGCUGCAAACCUUCAAGACAGAAUUGAGUUGCUUAAAGUCUCUGUUGUAGAUUUACCAUUGCCCUCAGAAUGUGUGGAUAGCAUUAUCUCUGACAUUCCAUUUGGGAAAAAGUUCAAGUUAGGAAAAGACAUCACAAGCAUUCUACAAGAAAUGGAAAGAGUGCUGCGUGUUGGCGGAACCAUUGUACUGUUGCUUAGUGAGGACCACCGUAGGUGCCUUCAAGAUUGUGGGGAGAGCAGUGUCCCCCAGAUUCCCCCAGGCAACCACCCCGCUGACCCUGAAGGAAAAGAAAAUACGAUUCCAUCAGAGACAGAAUCAUCUCUAGGUGAAGCCAGUAAGCAGGAGUGCUUAGACAAAAUGCCACCAUUUGGCUCUUUGGUGUCAGUGGAAUGCUACAAAGUUAGCCUUGGCAAAACAGAUGCCUUCAUAUGUAAGUAUAAGAAGUCACAAGCUGCCAGAUGUUAUCUGCCUGAACCCCACUGUGUCCAGAGUUCUCUUUUAGCAUCCUGAGCUUCAACAGAACAUCCUCUAAGGCAGGAGAUGUGGCUCACUAACAUACUCCCUAGUGUUUCUGCUUAUACUCUGAAGUCUUCAUGUUUUUGACAAAACAAAACCAGCUACUGAACAUUUUAAAGGCUCAAGUUCCAUGCAGCAUUUCCAAGAAUAAGCUCCAACCUGCAAACAAGGAGUUUCCAGGAGUUUACAACAUAACUUUGACAACGUAUUUGUGAUCAUUAAACUUCGAAUUUUAGAAAUG